UCUCCCAAAGUGCUAGGAUUAUACGCAGGCAUGAGCCACUGUGCCUGGCCAGUUGCCUUUUUUUUUUACUCAACAUUUGCUCUGUUGUUGUGAACCUUUGACUAUUUUUCAGAGUCCUGACCAAGUUUUUGUUUCAUUUUUAUUGUUUUUACUUGAUUUUUUGAUAGUGUUUUUACUUGAGUUUUUGAUUUUUAUGUAGAGGGGCGGACUCUUGGACCUACCUACUCUGCUAUUUUCACUCAAUGAGAUUUUCCUCCACAGUAUACUUGAUUUUGUUUUUUCUGUUGUUGGUACUUUUAAAAAAGAAAUAAGCUGAUGCAAGUGUACCUUCAGUGAUAUCCUCUAAUCCACCCCCUUUCUUCUCCUCCAUCCCUAGGGAUAACUAUUCUCUUGAACUAAUUUCAUAUAAUACAUGUUUUAUUAAAUGUGUACAUAUCCAAAAUUAAUACAUAGUCUUGUUUUAUGUUUUUUAAUUUUUUAAAUAUACUUUUCUUUGUUGUUUCUUUCAUAUAAUGAUGAUUUGUGAACAUGUCCUGUUUGGUAAUGAUGCUUUAGAAUUUAUGGAAAUUUUCUUUAUGGCUUCCUAUACAUACAUGAGUUUUCAGGAAAUGUACUCCUCCAGGGAAAGGACCUAGCCACUGGAGCAAACAGGUGUGAUUACAUUCUCCAGAAAGCUCGUAAGGGUCAAAAAUGAAGUAGAAGCUCUUCAGCUGUUCCUGGGAAAGGGGCUGUGGAAGCUCAUGGGAAAGGAAGCCUUGCCAUUUGAAAUGCAUACCCUGGAUGUCACUGAAAUGUUGCAUCCACCGCCUCCUGCCCAGGAAUAUUAGAUCAUUUGGGUUCUGCACCUUUCCACUGGUGGCAUUCUAAGAAGAAAAGUGUGAAACAUCUCUUGCCACAAUUAUGUGCUUCUGAGACUGCAGACGGAAGGGGAGCAUUUGUAGCUGUGGGUUAGAGGAUGAGUCAGUGCAGGCCCUGUGGGUUUGGAGCAUGCAGGAGGGCCACCGGGAGCUUGCUACAAUGAUUCCAUCCAGGUAGAAAGAAAGCUCAGGGUGACUCCAUCAAGUUGAUGCUCUCACCAUGUGAGUCUCUUACUUGAGUUUUAGAAUUGGGCCUAAAGAAAGCCUCUGGGGCUGCCACUCUCUGACCUGCUGCUUUCAGGCCAGGGGUGUAGCGUGCAGCUUUUCCAUUUGUCUUUGUGCCUGUGUCACUGUUGGCAGUGCUGAUUUCAGAAGGUCACAUUAUAUGUCCGUGACGCUGGCCAUCUUCCAUGAUGAAUGAAACUCCCUCAAGGUAGUAGCAAAGAGAGCUAAGAUGUAUGAUGACGGUAUGCGGUCCAAAGGAAUUCAGAGUGGCUAAGGUCAUGUCCUUGGAGACAGGCCGUGUCGGUUCAGAUUUUACUUCUGUGUUUGGACAAUAUAGUUCAAUCUGUAAGCCUUAGGUCAAUAUUGGAAUGAAAAAUAAUGAUUGAUACCUUAUAAGGAUAUAACGCAGUAGGUAGUAAUGAGAAAUAAGACAGUGCCUCUGCUUGGCUUAGUACGUUUGUCUUCAAACUGAGGCGUGCCUACAUGUGAGGUGUAUGAUGACUGUUGACCAGGCAUGUGGACAUGUGGUUUUAAAGAAAUAAAUAUCCAAAUCCUCACCUUCUCUGUCCUUUUUCUAAAACCUGAUCUAAGAAGUGUCUUCGUGUUGCAGCAUCAUGUUGCUGCUGGUUCUCCUUUCCCAACUCUCCUCACAGUCACCCCACUUCCAUUUCACAGAAGAAAGACAGUUUGUAAAUGUAUUGGUCAUACAUAUAGAGUGUUAUAUUUUGUUGUCCCAGGAUUUGUUGUUGCCCCAGGGUGGGUAAAAACUUCUGGGGCCCCAAAUAAAGGGACAGUUAGAGAUGGCCUUGCAUUAAGGUGAGUACACAGCAGCAGUGACAGCACCUGGGCCUGCAGGGAAUGUACACUCCAAUAAAUUUACUCUUCAGCCCGCAGUUCCUGACUCCAGGGGCGAGACACUUCAAGUGAGGUGAGGAGGAGGUUCCAGGACCUGGAUCCCAUCUUUUGCAGGGAUAUAAUUCACCAGAGACCAAGAUUUCUAGCCAGAAAUUGAGGGCAGCUCAAGGAGAGACUCCAGACACAGCAUCCUACUUACUGGCUAUUUCCCAGUAACAGAAGAAAAUGAUCAAGUCCCAGGAAUCACUGACCCUGGAGGAUGUGGCUGUGGAGUUCACCUGGGAGGAGUGGCAGCUCCUCGGCCCUGCUCAGAAGGACCUGUACCGGGACGUGAUGUUGGAGAACUAUAGCAACCUGGUGUCAGUGGGGUAUCAAGCCAGCAAGCCAGAUGCACUCUCCAAGUUGGAACAAGGAGAACCAUGGACAGUAGAAAAUGAAAUCCACAGCCAAAUCUGUCCAGAAAUCAAGAAAGUUGACAAUCAUCUACAGAUGCACUCACAAAACCAAAGAUGUCUGAAGAGAGUGGAACAAUGCCAUAAACAUAAUGCAUUUGGAAACAUCAUUCAUCAGAGGAAAAGUGAUUUUCCUUUAAGGCAAAAUCAUGAUACAUUUGACUUACAUGGGAAAAUACUGAAAUCAAAUUUACGUUUAAUCAACCAGAACAAAAGGUAUGAAAUCAAGAAGUCUGUGGGGGUUAAUGGAGAUGGGAAAUCCUUCCUUCAUGCCAAGCAUGAACAGUUUAAUAAUGAAAUGAACUUCCCCAAAGGUGGAAAUUCUAUGAAUACAAAUUCACAAUUCAUUAAGCAUCAGCAAACUCAAAAAAUAGAUAAACCCCAUGUAUGCACUGAGUGCGGGAAGGCUUUCCUCAAGAAGUCUCGCCUCAUCUAUCAUCAGAGAGUUCACACUGGAGAGAAACCUCAUGGAUGCAGUAUAUGUGGGAAAGCCUUCUCCAGAAAGUCCGGGCUUACUGAACACCAGAGAAAUCACACAGGAGAGAAACCCUAUGAAUGCACUGAAUGUGACAAAGCAUUCCGCUGGAAAUCACAGCUCAAUGCGCACCAGAAAAUUCAUACAGGAGAGAAAUCAUAUAUAUGCAGUGAUUGUGGAAAAGGCUUCAUCAAGAAGUCUCGGCUCAUUAAUCAUCAGAGAGUUCAUACAGGAGAGAAACCACAUGGAUGCAGCCUGUGUGGGAAAGCCUUCUCCAAAAAGUCCAGGCUCACUGAACACCAGAGAACUCAUACAGGAGAGAAACCCUAUGAAUGCACUGAGUGUGACAAAGCAUUCCGCUGGAAAUCACAGCUCAAUGCGCAUCAGAAAGCUCACACAGGAGAGAAGUCAUAUAUAUGCAGUGAUUGUGGAAAAGGCUUCAUUCAGAAGGGAAAUCUCAUUGUACAUCAGCGAAUUCAUACUGGGGAAAAACCCUAUAUAUGCAAUGAAUGUGGGAAAGGCUUCAUCCAAAAGGGUAAUCUCCUUAUUCAUCGACGUACUCACACUGGAGAGAAACCCUAUGUAUGCAAUGAAUGUGGGAAAGGCUUCAGCCAGAAGACAUGCUUAAUAUCGCAUCAGAGAUUUCACACAGGAAAGACACCCUUUGUAUGUACUGAGUGUGGAAAAUCCUGUUCACACAAGUCGGGUCUCAUUAACCACCAGAGAAUUCACACAGGAGAAAAACCCUAUACAUGCAGUGACUGUGGGAAAGCUUUCAGAGAUAAAUCAUGUCUCAACAGACAUCGGAGAACUCAUACAGGGGAGAGACCCUAUGGAUGCUCUGAUUGUGGGAAAGCUUUCUCCCACUUGUCAUGCCUUGUUUAUCAUAAGGGAAUGCUGCAUGCAAGAGAGAAACGUGUAAGUUCAGUCAAAUUGGAAAAUCCUUUCUCAGAGAGUCAUAGCUUAUCACAUACAAAUGAUCUCAUACAGGAUAAAGACUCUGUUAACAUGGCGACUGUGCACAUGCCUUCUGUGGCAGCUCAGACUUCAUUAACUAACAGUGAGUUCCAAGCAGAUAGCAAAGUAGCCAUUGUGAGCCAGCCUGUUGCCAGAAGUUUAGUCUCAGCAGAUAGUAGAAUUUGCACAGAAUAAAAACCUUAUGAAUGCAGUGAAUGUGGUAGUGCUUUCAGUGAUCAAUUACAUCUAUGUCACAAAAAACAGGAGCAAACUGUGAUACAUUCAAGGUGGAAAACCCUUGAGUAAAACCUUAUGGCUGAUAAGCAUAUACUACAGAGAAAAAUAGUAUGAUGUAGAGACUGGGAAAGUCUUUUAUGGGAAGAUAGAUCCUCUCAUCAGUGACCAUAGAUCACAUCAUCAGUGAGUUUAUAGUUGGCAGAAAUAUAAUGAUCAUGGAAAAGUCCUUGUUCAGAAAUAAUACCCUAGUAGGUAUCAGGGGGUUUUCACAGGAGGGAAACUGUUGGAAGACCUUUGAAGGCUAUGAAUCUGGCAGGGUUGCUAGUGGUACAUUCUGCCUUAUCCUCAGAGGAAAUCAUAGAAAUAAAACUAUGAAAAUAGUAACUAGAACAUCUUAAGCAAAAUAUGGAAGAACACAUGAGCAAGUAAGUCCUGUGAAAAGGAAUAUUUUAGAGAUUUCGAUCACAAAUCUAACAUCAUUAUACAGCAGAUAAUAUACAGGAUGUGUAUUUUAGGACAAUAUACCUUGAAUCACUAGUAUAUGUCAAUGACUAAUUAAAAGGGGUUGUCAGUGUUACACAUCAUUGGUUAAAUUUAUAACACAAUGUACCUCUUCCUUCUUUUUUGAUAUGCGUCUUCUAUUCCCAACCAAGAUCAUUAUAUGAUUAGCUCUUAUGUUUCUUUGAUUCCAAAUUUCUUCACUUGUUAUUUCAGACUACUGAAGCUCUUCAAAAGGAAAAAAUGUAUUUAAUUUAAUCAUGUAACACAAGUUUGGAUCUGUUUAUAAGUAUCACCCCAGAGGAAUGAAGUUCAAAACUUGUGAAUAACCAAUUGGCCGUGCUCUUAAUUUAGAAGGUAGUCCUCAUCCUAACCUUGUGGUUUGUCUUAUUGUUGGCAUAAACACCAUUCAGAAUAGUUUGAAUGAUCUAUUUUCUUUACCCGAAACUGUUUCCUUUAUGUAGGAACUGUGGAUGAUGGCAGUGGGAAACAAAGCAAAAUUUCAAGCCAGCAUUUUUAAAAAGCUGGAUUAUAUGCACGUAGCUAUUCUACCCUCCAGCAGCUGUAGUUAAAAAAUGCAUAUGCCUGUAUCCGUUGAAAGAGACGUACAAUGUAAAGAUCAAAUUGUCCUGAUAAUUUCUUGUUCAGGGGACAUAUUUGGAGUGGGAAGGGGAAAGGACUCAAUUUUCCUUACAUAAAACAGAAUACAAAUAGUUUUCUAAAAAGUGUUCAUGUCUUAUCUCUGCCUAAAUUAUAAAUUCCUUGAUAGGAACUUUGUAUACCACAGCAGAUACCAAAAUAUAAAUUAAUUAUAUGUAGAUUUGGAAGAUGAAUGAAGGUGCAUGAAUAACCCAGUGGACAAUUGAUAAAAUUACUUUUGCCAUUGAAGGAAAGGAGCGACCCAAAAAAAAUUCUAAGGAUUAGUAUUAUUCUAAAAAAAAACUUAAAAAAAAUCCUGAAUAGAGACUCAUUUCUGUCAUAAGAGGGGCAGAACAGAGAAGGAAUAGGAUUCACAGAAUAACCCCAAUUAAAAUAACAAAAUAACUUCAUUCUCUAAAAAUGAAGGACAGCAUGUAAGAUCAGUAAAGGUGAGAUCCUUUUGGAUAUCUUGGAGAAGAACCCUGAAAUUUGUCUACAGAUCUUUCACCUUGGAGAGUUGCUACUGUUUGAAAGAUCCUGACUCCUCUGUGGUAUGCUGAAUUGGAACAUACGGUUUAUCUUCAUCAUUCCUUCUCACCUGGGGUUAAGACCCUUGUCCUCUCCUGUACUCAGAGUUCCUUCCUUUGAUCUAAUAAAGAUAUGUCCAUGUUAGAAACAGUCCUGCUCACAAGGAAAAAUAAACUGGAAAUUUGCCAUAAA